AUGAGUAGGAAAGCUUCUGUUCAAGCUAUUAGAAAAGACAAAGGCAUCGGAAUUAAAGCAUAUGCUAGAUUUAGGCCACUGAUUGAUCCGUUCCAAAACGAUGAAACUCAAUAUUAUGCCUUCCCACACCCAUCAACUGUCAUGGUCCAAAAGUCACCUGACAAUACUGAAUCUUAUACAUUGGACCGUGUUUUUCCACCUACUACCUCCCAAGAGGAAAUUUUCAAUGUUGUUGGUAAACCAAUUAUAGAAGACAUAUUAUCAGGCUAUAAUGGUACCGUUUUUGCCUAUGGGCAAACAGGCUCAGGUAAGUCUUAUACAAUGAUGGGCUUAAACAUCUAUGAUUCUGAUACAAAAGGAAUUAUCCCCAGAGGACUAGGACGAUUAACAUUAACUAGACCAGUGUCUUAUAGUCCCCACUUCCUGAAAAUUGCGUUCCGCGGCGCGAGCCGCAGGCUUUUACCUCUUCAAAUUCAAUUCUUCUGCUUCAAAUGAUUUUCUUCUUUAUAUCCAACUCUAACUUUACCUAUCUGAAUGCCAAAUUGUAUGAUCUCAUCUUCCAUCCUUUCCAGCUCAUCAAAUGCUUAAUAAAUAUCAUCAUAAGAAUUUUUACAAAUAAUUUUUCUCUGAAUCCGUGCAGUCUCUAGCUAAAAGCUGAAGCAGCUUCUUCUCAGAUAUGCUAUCAGACAUUUCUUCAUGAACAUACAUUUCCCAAACCCUUAAAUAUGUCUGUGAAAGAACAGUUCGUGAUAUCACCAUUUUAUUGUGUAUUAUCCCCAGGGCAACGAAUCUAAUUUUUAGCAAGCUGCAAGAGUCAAACAGUGAAAUAGAAUAUUCUUUGAAGUGUUCUAUUAUAGAAAUUUAUAAAGAAAGCCUCAGAGAUCUGCUUUCAAACUCCGGUGCCAAACUUAAAAUAAAAGAAGACCCGAGAAAAGGCGUAUUUGUUCAAGGACUUGAAGAAGUUUAUGUAGUCUGUGAAGAGGAACUAAUGAAUGUAAUUGCUCUUGCUGAAAGUAAAAGGACUGUAGCUUCAACCAAGCUAAAUCAAGUCAGCUCAAGAAGUCAUCAGCUUUUUGUUUUGGAAGUUGGCCAAAAGUUGCCUGAUGACACCGAAAAAAGAGGAGUUAUGAACUUUAUCGACCUUGCUGGAAGCGAAAAAGUAAAAGAGUCAGGAGUUACUGGAAACAAAUUGGAAGAAGCCAAAAAAAUCAAUUUAUCACUGAGUUGUCUCGGCAAUGUCAUCAACGCUCUGUCAAGUAAGGCAGAUUUUAUUCCCUACAGGGACUCAAAAUUGACGAGACUUCUAAAAGAAUCCCUCGGAGGAAACUACAAAACCACACUUAUCGUCAACUGCAGUCCUCACCCUCGAAAUUUUGAAGUAACAAUGAGCACUCUUAAGUUUGCACAAAGAGUCAAAAAUAUAAAAAACAAAGCGAAGCCAAAUAUCAAAAAAUCUCCUGCAGCUUAUGCUCAGAUUAUAAAUGAGUUACGACAGAAGGUCCAAAACUUAAGCGAGGAAAACCAAAAGCUAAUUAAUGAGCAAGAUGAAUUACUCAUGAAAUCUAGCUGUCUCAUAAUUCAAAGCUCCUCUACCGCAAUGGCUGACGAGAUUCCUCCUUCUCCUUAUUCAGAAAGCGACAAUUCAAGCCAGUGCUGAAUAGGAAAAGGAGCGACUUUUUCAAAUCUUGUGGAAGGGUAUAUGCAAUGUAACUCUGACUUCGGCAAUCUGCAAGAGGAAAAAAUAAGCCUUAACAAAACUAUAAAAGAGCUUGAAGAAGAGCUAAGUCAUGAAAAAAAGAAGCGAAUCCAGGCAGAAAUUCAAGACAGCCAACACUAUGAGAUGUAUCAAAGGCUGUUGCUUAAGCAGAACAAUGAGGCAAACUCAAUUGAAUAUCUUAAGGAUGAAAAUAAAAAUCUUAAGAACACCAUCGAAAUGCUUGAGUUUUACCUUAAUAAAUCUAGUCAGAGAGUGGAUCAUUUACUAAGUCCCCCCUCCCGUGAGCGAACAAAAAAAAUUUGUUUGGUUAAUUUUUUUUUUAAAAAAUUUUAUAUAAAUUUUAUAAUAAAUUUUUUUUUAAAAUUUAAAAAAAAUUCCAAAAUUCCAAAAUGUAAAAAUUGAGAAAUAAAAAUCAAUUUAAUUUGCAAAAUUUAUGUUUUAAAAUGCAAGCUGUUUAAAAAUAAACAGAAUUAGCUAGUGAUUUCAUUAUAAUAAUUAUGACUUAUAUAAAAUUGUUUUUUUCCAAAAAAAUUUUUGUUUGUUUAUGGAGGGUGGGUUUUCGGAAAAAAAUAGUAAUUUUUCCAAUGGUUUUGUUCGCUGAAUGAUGGGGGGAGUAAGUAAAAAAUCGCUGCAGGCCAGACUAUAACUGAGUCGGAUUAUGGAGAAAUCUUACCAGAAGCUAAUAAUGACAACUUUAGCACAAUUGAUAAUCCUUAUAAAACACUUAUAUCUGAAGUAGAUGAAGCUGUUGAAACUCCUUUUGACGAUAUAUUAAAAUCAGAUAACAAAUUCACUAACUCCCCCCCCCUCCGUGAGUGAACAAAACAGUUUUGUUCACUCACGGAGGGGGGUUAAUUUUUUUUUUAAAAAAUUUAUAUAUAAAUUUUAUAGAAAAAAUUUCUUUUCUAAAUUUUAAAAAAAUCCUAAUUUGCAAAAAUUGGAAAGCAAAUAUUAAUUUAAUUUGUAAAAUUUUAUGUUUUUAAAAACGCAAUUUGUUUAAAAUUAAACAGAAUUAGCUCGAUAUAUCAUCAUACUAAUUAUCACUUAUAUAUCAAAAUUUUUUCCUAUAAAAAUUAUUCUAUUAAAAAAUUUUUGUUCGCUCACGGAGGGGGGAGUAAGGCUUUGCAGGAAGCCCUUGUAGAUGGCUGUCAAAUCAGUAAUGAAACCACUAUUUAUCAACUAAAAACUCAGCUGAUCCAAUCCGGCUUAGCAAACUGCGAAUUAUUAAGAAUCUACUAUGAUGUCCAGUGAAAGUAUAAUAUGCUUACAGAAAAACUGGCCUCGAAGAACAAACUAAUAAGUCACCUAGAAAGUUCAGUUAAACAGCUCGAAGCAUGCUUAGACCAAAUGCAUCUCACAAAUAUAAAAAUUGUAAACCUGGCAAGCAAAUUAGAACCUAUAAGCGUUCCUCGAGAAGAAACAAUCAAACCAAAGUUCGUCAGAAGAAUGAAGCCAGCGCGCACUAUUAAAUUUUGCAUGCAGCCAGAAUGUAAGAAAAGACAACAGUCUCAGGAUUUUGACUCAAAUUGCGAAGAAAAAGGGACAUUAGAAGAAAUAAAGGUUGAUCCAUUUAAGCUGAGAAAUCUUGAAAGUGAUUUGCAAAUUCAAACGAUUUACAAAGUGCAGAUUCAUAAAAGCCAUGAUCUGCUAAAGCAGGAAAACCAAGAGCUUUCUGAUCGUCUUAUAAAUAUCCAGAAAGAAAAUUUAUCAAUCUAUACACUUGAGAAGAACCACUGGAAAGUUUAUUUGGAGAAAUUCAAGGACCUCUGCAAUAAAGAGCUUGCUCGAAAGCAAACUGAAAUCAACCGACUUAAUGUACUCUUGGGAAAGUGGAUUGAAAUGUAUAUGGAACUUCAAGAAAGCACUGGGAUUCCUUCAUCUGGAGAGCCUGCAAAGAAAGGGAAUAGAAGAACACUGUCGAUACAAUAUAUAGAGCAGAUCAAAUAUAUAACAGAGCAAACGAUUAUUUCUCGAAGACCAAGGGAGUUGAAGCUUUUACAGUCUCCUCUUCAUAAGAAAUAUAAUUCGCCGACUAUCAUUUCAGUAUCUUCCAUACCUGGAGAUUCAAGUCCACCAUCCCCAUCGGAUGAAUAA